CAGGAUGAGACCACUCAACUUGUGCACGUGGAUCACGUGGAUCAUCCUGCGGCUGCAUUCGGCGGAACGCCCCCAAAAUCGGCUCCUGGAGGCCUUCUCGGCUGCCACCAAUGACUCUCUUCUCUCUGGAGUGACGCCAGUGACGCCCAAAGUGUCCAGUCUCAAGGCCCGUGAGGAUGCAAUGGAACAGAUCUCGACAAUUUCCAAAGAGGAGUCCAGAGAGCUUUCGGAAGCAAGAGAAGACGCCCAAGAGAGCACCGCGCAGCUGGACACGGCGAACCUCCGGCUCGGCGCGCAGCAAGCGCUCAGCGAAGCGCAGCUGGAGAUGCAGGUCCUUCAAGGCCAAACUGAGAAGCUCCACCAGCGCCGGCUCCAAUUGUCGAGGCAAGCAUCCGAGUCCCCCAUGGAGAGCGUCAGGCGAGCGGCGGAAGAACUGGAGGCCACUGCAGUGCACGAAAGCACGGCUGCAUCCAAAGUGGCACAGGGCAAGUUGCUGGCACGGCACGAGGCAGCUUUGGCCGACGAUGCCCAAGAGGAGUGGAGGGCGCUGCGUGUGCUGCAGGGCUUGACAUAUUUGGCAGGAAAACAUGAGAAGAUUCUGCAGGAGGAUGAAAGACGCGUGAAGGACUACCAGGUGCAGUUGAAUCGGGUGGAACGUUGGAAGGACUCGGCGCGGCACUUGAAAGAGGUGGCAGGUGAAGUGGCUGCGCAAGAACAGAAGGUGUCUUUGGAAGCUCAGGAGAGGAGGCAAAGAUUGGGAAAGCAUGGCUCAGCCGAUGGCGCCAUCUGAAGAAAGCUACCCAGAAAAAUCUGACCAACAUCACCCAGGGAAAAUGACUGGAAUAUGUCUAUUUUGUGGGGGUUCCUGGCCUAUUUUUGGAGAAGCCCAGAUGGUUUGACGACCGAUGUCUCACGGCCGCCAGCGGGCGCGGGGCG